AUGGAGACGGAGAAAACUGAGCCGCAACCCAUGUCCAAGAACGCUAAGAAGAGGCUCCUGAAGCAGCAGAGAUACGAAGCGAAGAAAGCGGAGAAAAAGGCCUUGGAGAAAGAGCAGAAGAAGAGAGAAGUAGAGCGAAAGAGAAAAGAGUGGGAUGAGAAAUUGGCGAGUGUGAGCCAGGAGGAAAGGGAAAAGCUGAUCGAGGAAAGAAAAGGGCUGCGAAAAGAACGAAUGGAAAAACGGUCAGAAGAAAGGGAAAAUAAAAUCAAGAAACUUAACGAAGCGAAAAGUAAUGGCCAAAAUGUUGUUAUUGAUCUCGAAUUCGCGCAUCUGAUGAACUCUUCUGAGCUCAAUAGCCUCGUUCAACAGAUUAUGUAUUGUUAUGCUGUAAACAGCAGAUGUGCUUCUCCGGCCCAUCUUUGGUUGACCAGCUGUGUCGGAGAAAUGCAAAAUCAUCUCCAGCGGCUCCCUGGAUAUGAUAAAUGGGUAAUUGAGAAGGAGGAUCGGUCUUAUAUUGAAGCAUUUCAAGAUCAGAAAGAAAAGUUAGUAUAUCUCACUGCAGAUUCUGAAAAUGUGCUGAAUGAACUGGAUCCAAGGGCAAUAUAUAUCAUUGGUGGGUUGGUGGAUCGGAACAGGUGGAAAGGAAUAACUAUGAAGAAAGCAGAAGAGCAAGGGAUUCAAACUGCAAAACUCCCAAUAGGGGAUUAUCUGAAGAUGUCUAGUUCUCAGGUCCUUACUGUGAAUCAAGUGGUAGAGAUAAUCCUCAAGUUCUUGGAAGCAAAAGAUUGGAAGGAUUCAUUCUUUCAAGUCAUUCCUCAAAGGAAAAGAUGUGAUGCUGACUUGGGAGAGUGUGAUGGAGAGAGAGAAGGGAAUGAAAGUGGUGAAGAGAAAGAUGAGAAAGAGAUUGGAACCAUAGAAGGUGAAGAUGUUGAAAAUAAAGAUGAUCUAAAGGUAAAAAGGCAAUGCAUUGAAACUUAG